AUGUUCCUUCUGAUUCUCUCAUCUUUAAUUUUCUUAUCAACUCAAGAUCUUAUGAGCUCAAAUUGUGCUGCCCUUUGGCAGCUCGAUGGAUUAUCUGAAUGUGUAAUUCAUCAGAAGUACACUGCUUAUCAAAACUAUGGUUGUGUGUGUUCAAAUGUGAAUCCUCAGACACCACUGGAUAACAUUGACAGAUGUUGUGCUUCUCAUAUUCAAUGUUACAAUAAUUUGAUGAAUAAUUGUGCAAAUCCCGAUGCUCCAAAUUUUUGUUCAUAUCGAUGGACAUGUGACAGUUCUCAAAUUAUUUGUGAAAAAGGAUUACUUUAUAACAAACUUCUCGAAGAGUAUGAGCCAUUAGAAAGACCUGUAGAGAAUGCUUCUGAACCAGUUAAAGUUAAAAUUGGAUUGGCUUUACAACAAAUAAUCACAGUUGAUGAGAAGAACCAGGUAGUUGAUGUGAACGCUUGGCUCAAACUCACUUGGCAUGAUUAUUCGCUUAAAUGGAAUCCCGAUGAGCAUGGAGGCGUCACAGAUUUGAGAUUUCGAAAAAGUCAGUUAUGGACACCCGAUGUUCUAAUGUACAAUAGUGCGGAUCCUCAAUUCGACUCGACCUAUGCCUCGAACGUUUUGGUCUAUCCGGAUGGAACGGCCAAUUGGAUUCCUCCAGGCUUGUUCCGAUUAUCUUGCCGUAUUGAAAUUGUAUGGUUUCCAUUUGAUAUACAAGAAUGUUUCAUGAAAUUCGGCUCAUGGACAUUCGACGGAUUCAAAUUAGAAUUAGACAUAGAUGAGAACGCAUUGGAUACGUCAACCUACAUUCCGAACGGCGAAUGGCAUCUUGUGUCAACCAACGCCGUACGAAACAUACAGUACUACCAAUGUUGUCCAGAACCGUACUAUGAUGUCAUUUUCACUUUUGUAAUUAGACGUAGAGUUCUGUAUUAUGCUUUCAAUCUGAUCCUGCCGUGCAUUCUUAUAACCUUGCUUACUCUCAUCGGUUUCACAUUGCCACCCGAUGCUGGAGAAAAGAUGUCUCUACAAAUUACAAUUAUGCUUUCUAUUUGUAUUUUCCAAAAUUAUGUGGCCGAAAUGUCGCCGCCAACGUCUGAAGCUGUUCCUUUCUUGGGAGCAUUUUUUGCGGUAUGUAUGUUUACUUGUGCUUGCUGUGUGACAGCAACAACAAUGGCUUUGAACUUCCAUAAUCGAAGCAGCCGUUCUCAUGAAAUGAGUUAUCUUUUCCGAUUGAUAAUGAUCAACUUCUUGCCAUGGCUUCUUUGCAUGCAUCGACCCGGUUAUAAGGCUGGCAAAGGGCAGAUGAUUAAAAUAGAGAGUGAAACUGAAAAUGAAACUGAUGAUGAGCUGGACGAAGAUGAUUAUCAUGUUCAUGAUGACGAGAAGUGUGAUUCCGUGAUUGAGGAGUCUCAUCUUAAUCGCAUGAAGAAGGAGAAAAAAAACUCAAAACAAACGAGCAUCUCCAUUCAAGCAUUAAUGAGCAAGAUUCUAGUAGAUUCUCCUGUUUCUACUCCUCGAGUGAUGCGUCUAAAUGAAGAGACAGGUGAAGUAGUGAAUGAACUUGCCCCAGGACAUCUUUGGAGAAAUGGAUCUAAACGGCAAGCAAAAGUUCAGACUCAAAAGGCUUCUCCUGGAUUCGUGGCUCAAUUACUAAUUCUACAGCAGAUUCAUUCCCAUAUGAUUGCAAUCAACACAUUUUUUCGGGAGAAGGAAGAGGAGAAAGCAGUCGAAGAUGAUUGGAAGUUCUCAGCAAUGGUCGUGGAUCGCUUAUGUCUUUUCAUUUUCUCAUUUUUCAUUCUCUUUUCAACAAUUGGCUUAUUCGCUUCCGUUCCUCAGUUAUCAGCGUCUUUUUAA